CUUCUCCUCCUUCCCGGAAUUCGGUAUGGCGUUGUUUGUAUGACGCAGUCUACGUUCUUGGGAGCUAUAGUCAACCGAGUUGGAUUCCUUCCGGCACUCCCACCACACUGCUCCGUGGUAGGGCCGUCCUGCUUUCACUAAACGCCCUGUCACACAAUGGGUUAACAACCAGUGUCCAAAGUAUUUGUUUGUACUCACAAUCACUGUACAGUAUGCUCCGUUGUCAGCCUCUUCUCCACACACGGGCUCGUAUCCACAGCAGCAGACAAGUUGGCGUGUACACACACACAACACAAUGUUUACCCCAGUAAUGUCAGUAGCUUUUGUUUCCUUCGGAUCAUUUAUUACUCACUCUGACGUUGAUUUCGCUCUCUCGGUUUCGUUUCAGAUUCCAGCAGUAUGCUUUCCUUCGUCCCACACAGCCACGCCAGCCCAGCCGGAAGAGUAUACAAACACAACAGCAACACCAACCCACGCCAACAAAGUAUGAAGGCAGUAUACAAUUUGUACAGAUAUUGAAAGUAAGCAACGAACCCGGCAGCGCUAGGACCCAGAGGAGAAGCGCACUCUAAUGGAAUCAGCGCUCCCUCGUGUCAGAGGAGCGCACCUACUCCACCAAACUCUUGAUCAAUUUGUAUGCAAGAGUCCAUCCGGAGGUCAGUCUGGAGAUGGCUGCGAAUCGGGUGGGGAGGCGAUAUAACAAUAAGAUCCAUUCCCCGAACCGAGGAUCCAGCAGGGAAGCUGGACUGAGCGUGCAAAAGAGACAAGCCCGAGUCACGGUCAAAUAUAACAGAAAGGAACUCCAGAGGCGCUUAGAUGUUGAAAAGUGGAUAGAUUCUGGACUUGACGAGCUGUAUCUGGGAAAGGAGGAGGAGAUGCCAGAGGAAGUGAACAUUGAUGAACUACUUGAUCUUCAGAGUGAUGAGGAAAGAACACAGAAACUUAAGGACAUUUUGCUUUCCUGCAGUAACAACACAGAGGUCUUCAUCACAGAAUUGGUUAAUAAACUUCAUGGUCUGCAGAAACAAGAGGAUCUCCACAACAAUGGCAUUGAACAUCCCCAACUUCACAUCUUUCCCGACCGCCAGAGUUCUUCUGACACUGAAAGACUCUAAGCACACUCCCAGAAAACACAAACAAGCACACAGCUAUAGCUGAUCAGUCCCUAACUGUACAUCAGACAUGCUUAAUAUCUAUACACAGAAAGGAUCUUCAGUUUGUAAAGAAACAAAAAAUAAUUUUUUUAUGUAAAAUGACAAAAUAUUUAUGCUUGCAGAAAUCCAAGCUCAUAGUAAAAUAGUUAAUAACAGUUUCUGUGGUUUUCCACACAAAUAUCAUGGACACAGGUAUCAUCCCUAUUUUAUUUAUUGCAAGCUUUGAAAAAUGAGGCUUUUAACAUGCAUGCACCACAACGCACAACAAGAACCAUGACACUAUCCAAGCUUAUUUCUACAUGACCUUGCCAUACUUUAUAUUUCAUAUGGCCCAACAGAUUAAGAUUCAUUAAGUUAUAUUAAAUAAUUUAUUCGACUUGUUUAAACCACAUUGUACCUUUCUAACUUUUCAGUAACUUUACUGACGAAACAUUUUUAAAGUGCGCGUUAUUGUAACUUUUGAUCAACUUUCAACCUAUGUGGAAGAUUUAUAUCAUGAAGAAUGCUGUAUGUUUUUGUUGUUUUGAAGGAUUUUCUGACUGAGUUCAUAGGCUAACCACAACUGGACCAAAGAUUUUUGGCACAAGGAUUUUGGAUUUCAAAUCAGUAAUGGUAAUUAUUGUUGUGUUGUUUAUAUACGUGGUUCGAUUUUGUAGAAUUAAAUUAUUUUUAAGAAAACAAAUCCUGGAAUAUUAAUGAUAAAUGUAAUAUAUAAACUGACAUUCUAUGCUUUCAUCCAUUAGUUAUGAAGGAGUUUGUUGGAGGCUUGUUUUAACAAAACCAUAAGGUAUUGCUAAUAGUUUGCUGCUGCUCUGUUAACUGCUUCAAAUGUUUAAUGGUUGGUCAAAAGCUUAAUUUGUUCUUGAAGAAUUGUACACGUUUUGUAGGAAUUGCCAAGUUUUUUUUAUAUUAUAAUUUUUUAUUUUGUGUUAUACUGUAUGUACAUAUUUUCUGCAGACUGACAGAAAUUUUAAUUGUUGUUUUUUUUAUUUAAUAGCAUUUUUAUGAUUUUGAAAGCACAUUCCAAGCAGUGGCGGCCAGUGACUUUUUUUUCGAGGGCGCGUUAUGCAAAGUUCGCCACAACAUGUAUGUAGCCCAUCAUGUGUGGGGUUCGUCAUUUCAAAAUGUGUUCUGAGCAUCGAGUGAACCUGUGUGCAUUAUGUGUCUUGUCAAAAUAAGUGCCUGCUGCAGACACUCUAAAGGGUUUAUGAUAAAAGAGACGCUCGCGUUUGCUAGAUACUAGAUUUGUCAGAGUUUACUAUUAAGUAGUGUUGUAGUCAAGACCACCUAAACCAAGACCAAGACAGGCCGAGACCGAGACAAGACCAAGACUUUAAAGGGUCGAGACCAAGUCAAGACCAAGACCAGUGCAAGUCACUGCAUUAAAACACUAAUGAUAAAAUGUGGAAUAUGCAGAUGAUUAGGCACUUCUUGUCUCUGUGUGUGUGUGUGUGUGUGUGUGUGUGUGUGUGUGUGUGUGUGUGUGUGUGUGUGUGUGUGUGUGUGUGUGUGUGUGUGUGUGUGUGUGCCAUCAGAGAAGUUGAUAAAAUAAACAAAGGCAUUGCAGAUAUGUGGGGAUUUAUCUUUGUCCAUAAGCAAAUUAAAGUGAAUAAACACUAAAGAGCUGAAAUCAACUUAACCAUUUAAUCUGAACUGUCUUUCCAUGGCUUGCCAUCCACUUAACACAAUGCAGGUGUUUUUAGUAAUAAAAUUAGAAAAAUUGUCAUUGGGAGAAACAUAAACAAUGCCAAAUUCAUAUGCCAAACCUGAAUAAACUGCAUAAAAUUAAUGAUAAAAAAUACAUUUGUGAUGUGCUAUCAGUUGUGGUCUUGACCGGUCUUGAAGUAAAAUUCAGAGUCCUCUUUGUCUGAGAUUGAGACGAGACCGAGUAAAAAUGUGGUCGAUUCAAAACGAGACCAAGACCGGUCUCGAGAACUACAACACUACUGUUAAGGGAGUGUCUUGCGUGUAUUUUGUGAACGUGAGCGUCUCUUUUAUCAUAAACGGUUUUGAUGCGUGUGCAGGAGGCACUUAUUUUGAAAAAAACGUGAUGCACAUGGUUCACAUGACGCAACAAACACAUAUUUUGAAAACACGAGCAACACACAUGACACUUCAAACACUUUUUUUUAAUUGCGCCCCUCGGAAAAGAGCAGUCACGAGCCGCCACUGAUUCCAAGGGCUAAAGAAACUUAAUGACUAAGAUGUAUUACAUUUAGUCAGUGCACAAUUUGUUUGAAAUGCUGGAUAAAAAUAAAGUUUUUUAUGUUGCUGA